CAACUGCCGUGUUCGCCCUCUUGCAUAGCCCCCGUUCGUCUCCUCCUCCUCGGUCUCCGUCUCCGUCUAUCUGCGUGCUUGCUUCCGUGACUUUCCGCAAUUGGAUUCACAGUUUCCGAUUCUUCAGCCGGCGUUGCUCAGCGUCUGCCUCAUCCUUUGCUCCCUGCCGCUGCGCAAUUUCUGUCCCAUUUGAUGCCUUGAAGCUCCUGUGGGCACUUUUCGGCGUUAGUUGUGAGAGAGAGAGAGAGAGAGAGAGAGAGAGAGAGAGUUUAGAGGAGCAUUUGAUGGAAGUUGCGAAGUGUUGGUGAAGAGUUUUUGCAUGGUUGGGUUGGUGCAAAGGGGAUGACCUUGCUUCAUGAAUGGAGAUUGAUAACUGGGUGGUGAUGCGAGUAUGAGUGGAGUUGACUGACGAAGAUAAAGUGUUAACGUUGCACUUUCAGCGGGUGUGGGGUGGGAAGCAUCGUGCUGACGUCUUGCUACUAUCCUGUGUAUACCCUGUGCUUUGGUGGAUGCGAGAGGCAGUGCUUCUGGUGGCUCAAGUGAUCAUGAUGCGGGACGCGUUCUAACUUCAGGUGCAGGUCACGAAGCCGCUGCUGUUAGGGGAGUUCAGGUGGUGUGGCGAUUAACUUUGUAGUCGUGGGGAUUGAGAAGUAUGGGUUGAGUAGUGGCUUGGUUGUUCACUUGACGUCAAAGGUUUCGACAGUCUCGGGUGGCUCUCUCGGCAGAUUGCAUUGCAGUUAAAUAUUUUGAAGCUUUGCUGAAUCUUGGGGAGUUUAAAGCUGUUCGAAACAAAGCGAAGCUUGUUCUUGAGCUCCUUUACUUCAACUUGAGGAGGAGACCCGUUUGGGUAGUGCGGGUAUGAGGCUGGACAAAAACGCCACGUCGGUUGCGUCCUCCGCUUCCGAGAGCCUUUGGGGGGUGGGACUAUUACAGUCUCGGGAAAGAUCGCCACUUUCUUUGACAAGAAUAGUCGACCGUGAGAGGGAGGAAGGACGUCGGAGGGAGGAGAACAGGCGCAGAGAGCAAGAGCGCGAGAGAGAAAAAGAAAGAAAAAGGGAGAGCAAAGUAUAUAGUCGAGAUGGGCGGUCUCAAAUUACUCCAGUCAUGGCUUUGGCCCCUCCAUCUCCAACUUUCACUUUACCCCCUCCAACUUUCAGCGUCGGAUAUGCUCUGACUUCCAAGAAGAUUAAAAGCUUCGUGCAGCCCAAGCUAGAAGAACUUGCAAGGUCCAAGGGGAUUUCACUUGUAGCAAUAGAUCGAAGCAUACCGCUGACUGAGCAAGGGCCCUUCGAUGUCCUUUUACACAAGAGCACAGGGAAGGAGUGGCGCCAGUCGCUGGAGGACUACAAGAGAUUGUAUCCGGAUGUAGUGGUCCUGGACCCUCCAGAGGCAAUUCUGCAGUUGCGUAACCGCCAGUCCAUGCUGCAGGAUGUUGCGGAGCUAGAUAUGAGCGAUGCUGGGGGUUACGUGGGGGUCCCAAAACAGCUAGUGGUCACUGGUGAUGCAACGUCGAUUCCAGCUGCUGUCUCCGAAGCUGGCCUUAAGCUUCCAUUGGUGGCAAAACCACUGGUAGCAGAUGGAUCCCCCAAGUCACAUGCGAUGUCUCUGGUUUACGACGAGUCCUGUUUGACCCAAUUAGACCCACCUCUAGUGCUCCAGGAGUUUGUGAACCAUGGCGGAGUUCUGUUCAAAACCUAUGUAGUUGGUGACUAUGUUCGAGUGGUGCGGAGGUUUUCUUUACCAGAUGUACCUGAAGGGGAGAUGAAACGAAAUGGUAUAAUGCCUUUUCCACGAGUUUCUUGCGCAGCUGAAUCAGCUGAGGAAGCUCUGGCAGCUGGUAUAUUGGAUCCUCAAGCAGCAGAGUUGCCACCGCGCCGGCUGCUAGAAAGCCUCUCAAAAGAGCUUCGACGAAGACUGGGUCUACAACUGUUUAAUAUGGAUAUAAUACGUGAAGGAGGAGCCGGUAGUCGGUACUACGUUAUUGAUAUCAAUUACUUUCCAGGUUUUGGCAAAAUGCCCGAGUAUGAGAAAGUCUUCACAGACUUCUUAGUAGAUUUGGCGGUAAACAAAAGUAAGAAGACGUCAAGGGCUGAUUCUUCUGUUUGCUGAGAGUCUGAUAUUUAGAACACUGUUCCUGUAGUCUUUUGUACUGAAUCUACUUACAGUAGCCGUAUGGUAUUCAAGCAUAUCAUUACGUAGGCAAUAAUUCUUUUGUAUAUAUCUUCCACGUCUCGAUGUUUCAGGAAAUCUGUGACAUAGCUAACAAGUUAUAUUCAAUUCCUCUGUCGGAUUCCAAUUUUGAAA